AAACAGACUUAUCAAGAUGUCGGGCAACAACGUGGAAGAGAAAGUGAAUCAUGCAUCUAACAGCAAAGGCAUCUCUCUUCCAAUGACUCGCGUGAAACUGAUCAUGAAAAGUUCUCCCGACGUCUCAAGCAUCAACCAAGAGGCUCUUCUCCUCACCACCAAAGCAACAGAACUGUUUGUUCAGCAUCUAGCUCUGUCCUCAUUCAACAAUGGAUCAGGGAAAGACCAGACCCUCUUGUACAGUGAUCUGGCCAAUACUGUUGAGGAGAAAGAGACUUUUCAGUUUCUCACGGAUAUCCUACCAAAGAAGAUCUUGGUUCGGGAUUACCUGAAGCUUCUAGAAGAAAAUCCAAUUGAGGAAGCAGACAAUUGAAGCAAAACCCCUUGAAGCAACAGUGGUUGUGUUGCUAGCAUGGAGUCUGAAUAUUUUUCUCCAGCUCAUUCCUGAAGUAGACCACAUUCAUACCACUUCCAUUCAAUGGCAUUGUGUAGGCCUACAUCUUGAUCUCUGAGAUUUACUAGAGCAUAUUAUGUUUACUACAAUUUAAGUUGCCUAGUCAUCCGCAUGCUGAGCAUCCAGUUUUGGGUCAGAAAGAAUCAGUAUGUGAAAUUACUACAGAUAAAGCGUUAAAAUCAUAAUUAUAUGUUGACCAUGAUUCCCCCCCCCGCCACAGCAAUAACCUGCUGCCAAAGAGAAACAUUUCUGUACUCCCCCAGGUUUUGAUACCAGCUGAUGCAAAUAGUGCACAGUGAUGAGGGCUUUCAUUUGUUUUGGGCAUUAUGUUUUACAGGAGACUUUGAAGCAAAGGGUGAACAGAUCAGGUGCUUUUUUUCAACAAUGUCUUCCAUACAAGCAACGCCGUUCUCAGGUCGAAAUACAUUUGCCGCAUUGGUUGUAGCCUUUUAUAAAGAGGAACACCUAUGCACAGUCUUUGCUAAUGGUCUUUUAUUCCUUUUAUUCAUAUACCCAAUGAAAUCUUCAGAAAUAUAAACAUGCAAACUGAUUUCUUACAGCAUUUGAAUGGGGUAUGUGACUAAGGAAUAUACAGACUUUAGAUUUUUGCUGUGUUUAGUGUGAUCUAUUUUCUAUACUACUCAUAAGUACUUUCAGUCCUGGGUGGCUGCAGGCAGCACUUAUUUAAAUCUUCUCUUAUUUUUUUGUUUUGUAACAGCUCCUCUCCAAUUGCAAUGUAAGUUAUGCUACAGUGGGCAUUGCCAUAUUUGUAGGUUUUUCAUGUGAAAUCGUCAUACUGACUUACUACAUUUAUUGAAUCAAAGUCUAAAUAUGCUACUGUGUGUCUUUGUGUCAAACUACAAAGCAAGGUCCUGUAAUGUGCUGUCUCAAGAAUGCACUGAACUAAGUAGCCUAACUGUCCAAUUAAAACACAACUUCAUCAUAUUCUGUUAACUCAUACCCAAAUAAAUGUUGUUGACUCAUCC